UAGCAGCACCUGUGUUGGGAAGCCUCUGGGGAGGACCCACCUGGCUCAGCCCUGUGCCAUCAGGGCAGGGAUGUUUGUCCCUGCUGCAGGGAACCCGGGCCAAGGCAUCCCUUCCAUGCAUGGGCUGGGAGCCACCCAACAGCAGGCGCAGGGGUUCCCAUGGCAGCACAAACAGAAGGACAACAGCCGGAGCUGAGCCGAGCUGCACCGUGUCCGCUGUCCGCGGAGAGGAGCCUGGCAGAGGUCUCCUUUGGGUGAGAAGCCAAAAAAUAAAGGGGACCCACAGCAAAGACUACAAAAGAGAUUGGAUUCAGAGAAACAAAAAGCCAGCCUUCAACAGUUUGCCAGCCUAAAAUUAAACACGAACCAGUUUCCUACAGCAUGUCUGUGUUGUCCAGCAGUCAUUCAGCCUUAUCACAAGAAACCCGCAGUACUGGAGCAAUUUCUGGGUCAACAAUGCCAUCUCCACAUAAAGAGUCAAUCUCCGAAAGUCUCUCUUCCAAACCUGGAAUGGAAACCUGCCUUGUGCUGUCAGAAUUCCCAGAAGAGGAUGAAAAAAACCCAAUGAAAAAUCCUUUUAUGAUUCCCCCAGAUCUUGAUGUUUUCUUAACAAGGGACAAGGAAAGAAAAAAGGCUAAGGCGGAACGUGAAAAGAUGAAGACCAUGAAAAUCCAUGAGAAAAUGACAUACUCCACUAAAGUAAAAGCAAAGCAAAAAGGGUUCAGGAAAGCUCUGCAAGAGGAGGAGGAGGAAGAAAACAGAAAACAGGAAACAGAUGAAGACAGACUGAAAGCUCUUCAAGAGUGUCUUUCAUGGAAGAUAGCCAUUAAAAAAGAUUACCCAUUAGAAAAGGAGACCUUCCGUGACUACAUAAACGACAGAAGAGAAAUAUUUUUACUUGAGUAUGCCAUGGCAGUGAAGAGAGAGGAGAUUCAAAAGAUGGAGAACAUAGCAAAGAAAGAGGAAAAAAAGCUGGAAAAGGCUGAACACCACCUGGAGAAGGAUGUUGCCAUGUUUGAUGAGUUCCUAAAGGAAAACCACAGAAAUUCUGUUCAAGCCCUGAAAAUUGCUGAAAAAGAAUCUGCAGCAAAGACAAAGAAAAUAACAGAGAUCCAGAUGAUCAAUUCCCAAAUAAACAACCUCCAAAGCGACAUAUCCAGAUUUGAGAAUACCCUGCAAGAGUACAAGAUCUACAAGGACUUUCUCUAUCAGCUAUCUCCAAAAGAGUGGCAGGAGGAACACGUGAAAAAGCACACAAAGCAGUUGAAAACAACCUCCAAAGCUAACAAAGAAAGUGCCUCCCCUCUCACUGCUGCAGAGGAGGGUGAUACAGAUGCGCCAAGUUCUCUGCUGUCUGCAGAAAGUUUGAAUUUAAGGCUAUUACGUGAGAUCAGGCCACAGCUCAAAAGCCUCCUGAAGCCUCUCUCAACAAAAAAAAUAAGUUCACUGGAGGAGCGAGACAGUGAAACCUGCUCAGACGAAGAAGAUGAGGAGCCUGAGCUAUAUUUUACUGAUCCCCAACAACUGCUGUCUAUUUUCACGGAGAUGGAGGAAGAGAACUUGUCCUUCAUCCAGAAUUCCCAGGAGAUAGAGGAAAGUUUGGAUGAGCUCCAAAACACUUUCAUCACCACACACCAAAGGACGGAGCAGGAGAUAGCACAACUGAAACAGGAUGUGGUCAACCUCAAAUCCACCAUCGCCAAAGAAGAAGAGAGGGCAGCAGAUCUGAAGCACAGAGUUCAAGUAUUUUCUUCUGAAGAACAUGACAUUGAUAUCCAGGACAAAAUGCUCACAAGCUUGAACAAAAAGGUGCAGGAGGUCUACAGCCAGUGCAUUGGAGACAAGGAGGCAAACCUGCCAACAGUGCAGAUGCUAGCAGCAAUAGAAAAACAGCUCAACAAUUUAUUGGACAACCUGGAGAGAGUCCCACCAGAAAAGAUAGCACAGAUUGAGAAAGCCAAAGAAAAAGAAAGGAGGAUAAGGCUCAGAGAAGAAAAGCUAAAGCAACAGAAGAAGCUGCAGGAGGAAAGAUUGCAACGGUCCCUGGAAAGAGCACAGGCAACCACAGAAAUAAAGCCUGGCAGGAGGCUGAUGUUCCGCUCCAGCCCACCCACCAAGAAGGAAAAGAAAAAGCGCAGCCAAGAACAAACGGAUAAGGAGAAGGAAGAACUACUCUAUUAUUUCACUUGACAGUACAGCCUUUGCUAUACCAUGUAGGGUUGAUAAUUAUUCUAGAAAAAAAAAUGCUUUUCCUAGAUAUACAGGAUGUUGGAGUCUAAGCCAUUUACUCAGCAUAUGAACUUCCAUAAAAUUCCACAUCUUAUACCCCAAGGUCCCAAGGAAAAGAGCUAGCUAGUGUCAGGCAACCACUUUUACCCUGAUUUUUUAGCUUGAGGAAAUAAAGUUUUAUUUCAUUUCAUUGCAGGCAACAAUGCUUUUCUCA